CUCCGUCCUUCUCCGACCGAUUGGGCUGUCCACUAGGGUUGAGAGGCCGCCGCCGCCAGUGCUCUCCACUCGUGCCGCCGGCUCCGGACCUCGCCGUUCACCGCGCCGCCAGGGUUGUUGGCUGCAAGUUCAUUCACCUACCUGGGAGUAGUUUGCAUACUCACAAGUUAAAAGAUGGGUAUCCUUGAGAAGAUCAAGGAGAUUGAAGCCGAGAUGGCUCGGACGCAAAAAAACAAAGCAACAGAAUACCAUCUUGGACAACUGAAAGCAAAAAUAGCAAAGUUGAGGACACAAUUAUUAGAGCCCCCUAAGGGUUCUGCUGGCGGAGGAGACGGUUUUGAAGUCACGAAAUUUGGGCAUGGUCGUGUUGCACUUAUUGGAUUUCCCAGUGUUGGAAAGUCAACUCUUUUGACUAUGUUGACUGGGACACAUUCUGAAGCUGCAUCAUAUGAGUUCACAACUCUCACUUGCAUCCCUGGUAUUAUCCACUACAAUGAUACCAAAAUCCAACUGCUUGAUCUUCCUGGUAUCAUUGAAGGUGCAUCAGAAGGCAAGGGGCGUGGUAGACAGGUCAUUGCUGUCGCAAAGUCAUCAGAUCUUGUGCUCAUGGUUCUGGAUGCCUCGAAGAGUGAAGGACACCGCCAAAUAUUAACUAGAGAAUUGGAAGCUGUUGGACUCCGUCUGAACAAAAGGCCUCCUCAGAUAUAUUUCAAAAGGAAGAAGACUGGUGGAAUUUCUUUCAACAGCAUGAUUCCCUUGACUCAUGUUGAUGAGAAGCUCUGCUAUCAGAUACUGCAUGAGUACAAAAUUCACAACGCAGAGGUGUUAUUCCGUGAGGAUGCUACCGUGGAUGAUCUCAUCGAUGUUAUUGAAGGAAAUCGAAAGUACAUAAAAUGUGUUUAUGUAUAUAACAAGAUUGAUGUUGUUGGUAUCGAUGAUGUGGAUAAUCUUGCUCGGCAACCAAAUUCGCUUGUGAUCAGCUGCAAUUUGCAGCUAAACUUGGACAGGCUACUGGCAAGAAUGUGGGAGGAAAUGGGGCUAGUGAGAGUGUAUACAAAGCCACAGGGACAGCAGCCUGAUUUCACAGAUCCAGUCGUUCUAUCUACUGAUAGAGGCGGCUGCACAGUUGAAGACUUCUGCAACCAUAUCCAUAGGAGUUUGCUGAAGGAUGUGAAGUAUGUACUUGUAUGGGGAACCAGUGCAAGACAUUACCCACAACACUGUGGGCUUGGCCAUGUUCUUCAAGAUGAGGAUGUUGUCCAGAUAGUAAAGAAGAAGGAGAAAGAGGAGGGUGGCCGAGGCCGCUUCAAGUCGCACACGAAUGCACCCACUCGCAUAUCCGACAGGGAGAAGAAAGCUCCCCUGAAGACCUGAUCAGGACACAAACCGCAGUUUUGCCGGCAGUUCCAUCAUCAAUAGAGCGUAUCAUGGAUCAUGUAAAGCUGGUUGAGCAGUGCGCUAUUUUUUGCAAUGUGCAGGCCUAUUUCGUGCCUCCAGAAAGGGCCAUAUUUGAGCACUCACCCGGUUCCUUGCCUCCUGUAUCUCUCUGAAGAACACCAUUGCCGUGCAACCUAUGAACAUCAUUGUGUAUGCUUUGUAUCUAUGCACCAUGGCAAACACGGACGGCAAAUGGAUGUACUGCGGCUGUGUUAGAUGUGUUGAUGUCCAAUGUGGACUUCGAUGCUCACUGCAGUGCAAUCAGCAACUUAAUAAUGCAUAUAUGAGGAGCCUGGGAUUUGAUCAAUUCUGGACCGCUCAUCCAAAACGGAUGGUGGCUAAUGGAAA